AUGGCGAUCUCGCAGACAAGGCAGAGCUGUGCAACGCAAAACGACUCAGAGGCAUCGCCACCGGCCCUCUCCCUCUCAGGCCAUUACAAAGCAGCAGCGGAGAUCCCGGCAGGACGCGUCCCCUCCGAGGGCCAGAGCGGUGCCCGCGCCCCGCUGCGGAGCCGCCUCCCCGCACAGGGGCUGCGCGUCCCGAGCCGAGACUUCGGCGGGGCAGCGAACGCGCCGAGGCUCCCCCUGCCCCGGGUGGCAUCCUGUGAACCCCCCUUCCUCCUCCCCCACGACUGUUUGCCCGCAAAAGUGACAUCGAACCUCCGGCACCGCGGGAGCCGCGCCGCGCUCCGCGCUGUCCGCUCCGAGCCGCAGCCGCUGCCCCGGGCGUCCCCGCACUUUGCCUGUCGGUCCCGCACAGCACCCCCGGCGUCUCGCCCCGGGCCGGGUCCGUCCCGCUCAGUUCCCCCGGGAAGUCCCGCACCCCCCGCAUCCCGUGCGGACCUGGCAGCGCCGCUGCUCCGCGUCGGCACCUACCCGGCACGCCCAGGCGGUGCCGCCGUGCCGCGGCUCGGGAGCGGGGCCGCCCGUCCGGAGCGGCGAUGCUGCCCAGGCCGAACGGGCCGGGCCGGGCCGGCCGCCUCCCGCCCGGGGCUGCGGCAGCGGAGCGGAGCGAGCGCCGGCCCCGCCGCCCGUGCGGGGCUCUGGGCUGCGGGGCUCCUGUCCCGCCUCUGUGCGGCUGCGGGGCUCCUGUCCCGCUUCUGUGCGGCUGCGGGGCUCCUGUCCCGUCCCGCUUCUGUGCGGCUGCGGGGCUCCUGUCCCGCCUCUGUGCGGCUGCGGGGCUCCUGUCCCGCUUCUGUGCGGCUGCGGGGCUCCUGUCCCGCCUCUGUGCGGCUGCGGGGCUCCUGUCCCGCUUCUGUGCGGCUGCGGGGCUCCUGUCCCGUCCCGCCUCUGUGCGGCUGCGGGGCUCCUGUCCCGCCUCUGUGCGGCUGCGGGGCUCCUGUCCCGCCUCUGUGCGGCUGCGGGGCUCCUGUCCCGCCUCUGUGCGGCUGCGGGGCUCCUGUCCCGCUUCUGUGCGGCUGCGGGGCUCCUGUCCCGCUUCUGUGCGGCGGGGCCGGCGCGGCGCGCUCAGCUGUCAGCGCUCAGGGAUGGAUCUGCCAUCGAUCCCCAGCGCCGGUGCGCUGGAGUGGCGCAUACGCGGCUCGAUUAGCGGCGGUGCAGCCUGAGCUGCGGAGUGUCCUCCGCACGCUGCAGAGGGAAGUAAUUUGGUUUCCGUGUUGUGCCCCAGAGUAG